AUGUCGUUAGAGGUGAAAUUAGAAAAAAUCCGCUCUCCAAACUUGCAGAACCAACAGCAGGUCUGUCAUCAUGGUCCAUAUUUGUCUAAUUCCCUAUGAACACUGAUACUAAAUGACGGCUUUGGGACGGCUAUAGGUGGCUGUGGUCCUCUCCGCUGUUGAAGACAUUCUCCGAGAGCAAAAAACAGAAUUCAUGCCCACAGCAUACUUCGCCGCAUUACUUUCGUUGCUGCAGCAGGCGACAUCUACGUCUGCGGUAUUGAAUAGAGAUCUCGCGGCGUCGACAGUCUACUUGUUGGAUCUUGUCACGCCGUUCGCACCUUUGCCUCUACUUCGCUCCAAGUUUCAACAGAUCCUCUUGCAUCUGGUACCUGCGCUUACUGCCCGUGACGCCGAUGCACCAUUGCUAAGGAGCAGCAUUGGAUGUUUAGCGAGUUUACUUGUAGCCCAGGAUGGACCAGCAUGGGCAAUUCCCCAGCGGGACAUUGGCCCUCGAAGGGCGCUGGUAGGGUUAUUGACCUUGGGGCUCGACGGCCGGCCGAAAGUACGGAAGAGGGCGCAUGAGGCCAUCGCAGAGGUUUUGAAGAACCCCCCGCCAAGUCCGAGUUUAGAUCAUCCGGCAGCAGAAAUAUGCGCUACAUUUACGCUGCAGAGCGUGGCAGACCUGGCGAAGGCGAGCGAAGAACAGAGGAGGAAGAAUGGGGAACAUGAUCCGAGGGUUAUACAUUCGCUUCAGCUCAUUAAAGUCGUUGUGGGCACUGGUGGCUGGCCAAGUAAGAGGGUUGAGGGAUUAUGCGAGGUCCUAUUGGGUGUUUCAAAGGGCACCAACGAAUACAUAAUGGGGGCGGUGUUUGGAGUAUUUGAAGAGAUGUUCGCCAAUUUAGUAGAUGGCAUGGCUAGCGCAAAGCUACCGAGAGUGAUUAAAGCUAUUUCCGAACUAAGACCUUCGCAAAACGAUUCUCAACUAUUGCCCUCAUGGUUGGCGGUCAUCGCAAGAGGAUACGAAAUGUACGCUCAAGCACCAGAAGGCGAGGCAUUUGUGGAGCUGCCAUCCCUUUUCAAAACAGUCGCUACAUUUUUAGACUCCCAAGCAUACAACAUCCGAACCUCCGCAGCGCAAUGCUUAAUAUCUCUCGUGACCUCUUGUAUUCCAGACAGCUCCCUCUUCGACAUCACAAGAUCCACCGAGAACAUCUUUAAAAAGAUCACCGCUACCGCAACCGACCUACUUAGCGUCCGCUUCCAAGGAGCCUGGAAUCAAGUCUUCGACAUCCUCAAUGCCCUCUUCGACAAGCUCCGCUGGCGCUCGACCCCACUUCUUGACGAAGCCAUUAAGGUCAUCGGCAGUCUCCGUUCAAACGAAGGAUUCCAGGGUAAGAAAGAAGCGGAUGAAGUCCUCGGCCGAGCAACCCGUGCCGUGGGACCGGACUCCAUCCUUUCCAUCCUCCCACUCAACCUGAUCAAACCCGCACCCGGAACCCCUGGCCGUGCUUGGAUGUUACCAAUCUUGAGAGACUGGGUUGGAAACACCAAGCUCCAGCACUUCAGGAAGGAAUUCAUCCCUCUCAGCGAGGCCUUGUUCCAAAAAGUGGUGGAUUUCGGCGAAGAGAAGGAGAAAACUGUUGAGAUUAAGAUUUUUGAAACACUCGUUGGGCAGAUUUGGGCGCUUUUUCCGGGGUAUUGUGAUUUACCAUUAGACCUUACAGAGGCUUUUGAUCAGUCAUUCGGCGAAUUAAUUGCCAAUGUGCUCUAUCAGAAGGUUGAUCUUCGGUCAGAUAUUUGUAAAGCCUUGCAGCGGCUCAUUGACUCCAAUAAGGCCGUUUUGGAGGUCCCUCUGGAAGAUGAUGAGGAAAAUCUAGUAACACAGCGCCGGGUUUGCAAGGCUGAUGCGAAGAAGAAUAUUGCUCACCUCGCAUCCUUUUCUGGGAAUAUGCUAGCGGUGUUGUUCAAUGUUUACAGUACGACGCUGCCGCAAUAUCGCGGGUUCAUACUUAAGUGUCUCAACUCUUUCUUGAGCAUUACUCCUGGUGCAGAACUCACCGCAACGUUUCAGAGGGUUACUUCGAUACUUGAGUCAACCCUUGCUGAGCCCGCCAAGAAGAAGAGCGAAACGAACGCUGUUGGGAAUGCCAGGAUGCCGCCUAUGUCCCACACACUCAUGGAUUUGGUCAUCACCAUUACACCAUACCUACUGCCCGACAGCCACCAAACGCUUUUCACUAUAUUCUCCGUGACGGUUAGUCAAAUUGAAGACCCACAAUUGCAGAAAAAGGCGUACAAGGUCAUACCAAGACUAUCGGAGGCAGAAUCUGGCAAGCAAGCAUUGAUUGAGAAGUCCGAGGAUCUACAAAAUUUCCUAAUAGAAACUGCAGAAAAGGUUACGUCUCCUGCCAGAAGAGUAGAUCUCCCUCUUUUCCUAUCAACCAGGACAUUCAUUAACCAUACAAUAGGACCGCCUGAUGGCCCUCUCUCAACUUGUUGAAUUUCUCCCAGCCACAAACCUGCACUUCAUUCCAUCAAUUCUUUCCGAAGUAGUCAUCUCUACAAAGGAAGUCAACGAAAAAGCCCGCACAGCAGCCUUCGACCUGCUCGUCCUCAUGGGCGAGAAGAUGAGAUCUGGGGGCACAUUAAUAAACAGCAAGGUAACACAUAUGCCCUCGGACACCCCGAAUGUCACUGCAACACUCGACGAAUACGUCACCAUGGUCUCAGCUGGUCUUGCGGGCAGCACGCCACACAUGGUCAGUGCUAGUAUCACCGCUCUUACUCGCAUUUUAUACCAAUUCAAAGGUUACACCCGUUCCUCCCCAUCGCCCGAGGACGACGUACUAACGACCCAAAGAUGAUAUGAGCAAAUCCCUUAUCUCAGAAAUGAUAACAACCUUAGACCUCUUCCUUACCAGCAAGAACCGCGAAAUCGUGCGCUCGGUCCUAGGCUUUAUAAAGGUGUGCAUAAUCUCACUCCCCAAAGAGACUAUGCUGCCCCGGUUCAACUCCUUAGUCCCGAACUUGAUGAUCUGGAGCCACGAGCACAAAGCACACUUCAAAGCAAAGGUUAAGCACAUUAUAGAACGCAUGGUCCGGCGUUUUAGCUAUGAGGCUGUAGAAAGGCAUGUCCCAGAGGAGGAUAAGAAACUGGUAAUUAAUAUCCGGAAGAUGCGGGAGCGGAGGAAGAGACACAAAGAUGCCGCUACCCCCAACAACGAGGAAGGUGGCGACGAGGAGGAAGUAGACACUGCAAGGAGGACAAAACGCCAGAGUAAGUUCGCCUCGGAAUUCGAAGCAGCAAUAUAUGACUCCGACUCCGACAUGUCAUGCGGCUCAGACACCGAAGCCAAUUCCGUCCCGCGUCGGAACAAGCGCGGCAGCAAAUCUGGCGAAGCAUACAUCCACGAGGAAGAAGAUGAACCUCUCGACUUGCUCGAUAGGAAAUCCAUGGCGAAUAUUUCUUCUACUAGACCACAGCGCACCCGGAUUGGGGGUUCAAGGAAGUCUGCUACGCCGAAUGCGAGGACUAGCAAUGAUGGAAAACUCAUUCUCGGUGGGGAGGACAACAACGAUACGGAGCGGAAUGAGGGAGACGUGGAUAUGGGUGCUGGGCUUGCGUGCGCUGGUGGCGUGAACGCAUACGUCCAGGCGGUUGCUGGCAAGGAUGCGUUCGUGCGUGGCCAGCGGGGACGUGUUAAGUACUCUAAUAAGAAAGGGAGACACAAUGAUGCUGGCGACAGUGAUGGUGAUAGUAACAAUGGGGAUGAAGAAAUGGAAGUUGACAUGGGGGAAAAGAGCGGGAAGGGUAUCUAUUCUUCAAGGGGUGGGAGUGGAAGGUUGAAGUCAGGCAAGGGGAUGAGUGGACAAAAAGGGCUUGGUGUGAGGAGUGCCCGCGAGGGAAGGGUCGCAAAAAGUCCAAGGAGGAAGGGCAGGAGAUAGGCUGAUGUAGAUCAGAAAAUAUGCUCAUAGUUGGGUUCUAUGUUUAUCCCCCCGUUGGUUGUGUUUGGAGACAUGAAUUAGAGGUUUUUGAUAUUCUUGUGA